CGUCAAUUUUUGACUCAACGCUCAGAUCUUUCCAGUUUUUCUGAAGUGCGAACCAAAUUACAAUGUUGCUCUCAUUAAUAGGGAGAAUGGUGAAUGCUUUAAAGAAUACAUUGGUUCCCGCUGCGAGGGCUAUUUCUGUGACCCCUAUACGUAUGGCCCAUGGUCAGCCUGUUGAGUCUGAUGAAGAAUUCGAUUGCAGAUACGAAGCGUUCUUCAACAGAUGCGAAAUUGACGGGUGGGAAAUUCGUAAAGGCAUGACUGACAUCCACGGGAUGGACUUGGUUCCUGACCCUAAGAUUCUGAAGGCUGCCCUCCACGCUUGCAGAAGGGUCAACGAUUACGCGUUGGCCGUCAGAAUCCUAGAGGCGACGAAGGACCAAUGCGGGCCAAAAGUAAACGAAAUAUAUCCAUACAUCAUCCAAGAACUUAAGCCAACAUUGACGGAGCUUGGAAUCGAAACUCCAGAGGAAUUGGGCUAUGAUAAACCGGAGCUUGCGUUGACUAAUGUGUAUGAGAUGUGAGGUGGUGAAUGGAACAUGUAGUUUUGUUUGAUAUUGGCUUUUAAUUAUGCUGAAAGCCAAAGAUUGUUUGGAUUUGACAUAAAUUAUAAAGGUAAAU